AUGAAACACACACCACUGCCUCUGCUUUUCCCAGUAAGAUCCUGUGACUUGUCCGCGCGGUGCACAGAGAACCCCGGUAGUUGUAUUGUGGAGUCCGGUACCUUGUCCAAUAGCCAGGUUUCUGUGAGGCAGAUCACGCAGCAGUCCUGCAUCUUUCGCAACCAUGAGAUCCGUGCCCGAAGCUCGCACAGCUUGUUCUCCAGAGACUGCACAUUAGCCAGUAAUAAACUGGAUGAAUGGGGGGUCACAGUCCAGAAAGCUGUAACUGCUCCAUAUUACAAGUCUGGUGUAACAACUGCAGCUGAGUGGUUAACGCUGCGCACAGCUCCUUCACCGUGGGCAGAGUUGGAGUUUGAAAACAUCGUCCUCACCGUACCAUCAGAUGCUAUUCGGGAUCUGGAGCGCCCCGACAAGGUGGCUGCUCUCUGGGAUGAAAUCAUGAGGGCCAUUGCAGAUCUGGCUGCCAAACCACACAAAUUUCCCCGCAAGGAGCGCUUUGUGACAGAUGUGCAGAUUUCUGCCGGCUGGAUGCAUGCAGGUUAUCCUAUCAUGGCACACCAUGCUUCAGCUGCUGAAUUAGUUGGUGUUAAAAAAAGUAAAGAACUGUGGGGUCCCAUCCAUGAGUUGGGACACAACCAACAGAGAAGCUGCUGGGAGUUCCCAUCACACACCACAGAGUGUACAUGCAACCUGUGGUCAGUGUAUGUGAAUGAAGAGGUGCUGGGUCUCAACAGAGCACAGGCUCAUGACGAGUUGCCUUUAGCAAAGCGAAAGAGUCGAGUAGAGAAAUACAUCAAGGGAGGAAGGGAACUCAGUGACUGGAAGCUGUGGGUUGCCCUGGAAACAUAUCUGCAGCUCCAGGAAAAGUUUGGCUGGGAUGCCUUCAAGAAGGUGUUUGCUGCGUACCACCGUAUGAGUGACAUCCCUGAUGACAACAACACAAAGAUGAACCUGUAUGCUGAGACUUUCUCUCAGACUGUGAAGAUGAACCUGACUGGCUUCUUUAAGGCCUGGGGCUGGCCAAUAGAAGCAGCCACUGAAAUGAAAAUGUCCAAGCUGCCUUACUGGAAUGAUCACCCCAUGACCCAGUACAGAUAAACCCAGUGCCACUGCAGACUACAAAAUAUUAAUGUUAGUUUUAAUGAGUGAAACUGUUCUUUUUUGGUCUUUUUUUAAACCACAUUAGUUAAAAAUAAACCAUAUAUGGAAUCUCAUUUUGACCUCAGAUGUUUCUGUACACUACGCCAGCCUCUUGGUUCCUUUGUUUUUUAGGCCUGUUACACAUAGAGCAAAAUUAACCUGUGUAAUUAUUUAGUACGCUCACUGGUGGUGGUUUGUGGUUAUGAUGGUGUUUUUGUGUGGUUUUUAGUGGAACUAGUAAUCAUGUUUUUGUAGUAAGUAUCACUUUAGUAUGUUACAUUAUAUGCAUGACACUUAAUAUGUAAACCAUUCACUGACAAAGUUUCAUGUCUGUAUUACACCAACAGGAUAAGACAGAACUGGAUUAGUUGUUUUCCCAUUGACUGAGAACUGAUACAUAGACUAAAUGACAGUAGUAUAAUGAUCCUAGUAAUCUUGAUUGUUUGUGUAAUUAAGUAAAAGUUUUGUCUAAUAGCAUGGAAUCAAUGCAGUUAAACUUAAAAAAAAAAGAAAGAAUUGAUGCCUACAUUUGUUCUGUUGUUGAAUGAUUGCGUUUGGCUGAACCACAGAUUCUGUGCAGUGAAUCUAAGAACAUUACAUGGACUGCUGGGUUAUAAAGUCAGCUCAAAGUUACGCUUUCUGUUUUACAGUGAACUGUUUAGUGCUGUUAGUGCUAUGUAAUGCUUUUACAUCAUACACUGCUGUUUGGCUGCAGCUGCUCAUGUUAAUGGCUUCUGUCAUUAAAUGUAAGGAGAGCCCCCACCCACAUCCAUCCAUCCUUCCAUCCAUCCAUCCAUCCAUCCGGGCACUUUGCAAUUCUAUGAUUAGAGCGAUGACUGAAAUGAAUUCAGUCUCACAGCAAGAAGGUCCUGAGUUCAAUUCCAUCAUCAGGCCAGGCUAUUUCUGUGUGGAGUUUGCAUGUUCUCCCUGUGUUUGCAUGGGUUCUCUCUGGGGACUGUGGCUUCCUCCCACAGUCCAAAGACAUGCAGUUAGUAGGUUUAAGUUAAUUGGUAACUUGCCCAUAGGUGUGAAUUUGUUUGCAAAUGGUG